AUGCGAUCGAAAAGAGCGCAAUUCCGAUUGUUUUCGAUUCCUCCAUCGAAUUCCAACCUUGCGGACUGCCACUCCGUCGGCACGUCUGCGUCCGUCCGGUCGCACUUCCAACUCAGGAACGGGAACUGCGAGGCGAGAACCCGUCCGCGUAACUACGCGAAUCAACCGGUUUACCCGAACGACAAACGUUGUUUGCGUCUCGCGAAAUUUUCGGUCGAAAAAUCGAAUCGCAAACGUUUCGGGUGCGGCGGGCGUUUGGGAAAUCCCCCGUCCCGGAACGUCGCGUCGGCGAAAAGGGGACCAACCGAGGAACCCGGAGAGUGGCGACGCAGAUCACCAGUCCGAUGGUGGAGCGAGUCGGUUGCGGUUUUUUCGCCGCACGUCCAACCGAUUCGUAGUGCGACGAUUCAGUGCGAUGUGUAUUUGGUGAUCGAUCAUCGGUAUGAUGAGUACGGUGAACGUCAAGUUAAAAUGAACACGGCUCCAACAAAAACAAUAACAACAACAACAACAAAAAUGACAAGACAAUUAUUUAAAUUUAGUUUUAUUUAUAGUUUAAUAGUGUUAACGUUAACAAUGAUGGACCUCUCGUCGGUGGGGGCUCAAUUAUUGGACAGUCCUUGCCCCAGGAUUUUCCAAUACAGAUUCGAUCAAUCGAAAGUGCUCUAUGGAAUGAUGGUGCUGAAUCCUCCAACAGCAAAUGUGAUACAAGUCAACAUGGAGUUAUCUGUGGGCAACAGAGUCGAGCAGGGUUACAAUGGUAACAUCGAACUGGCGAGUUCCAAAGAAGUCGUCCUGAACGACAUAAUGCACCAGAGACCUAUAGUCUAUAAAGUCCUGUUUCCCUUUUGGAGGAACAUUCCUCCUCGAGUCACCGCCAUUUACGUCAACGGCGACCAGAUCUGCAGCGGCCCUAAAAUCGACAUAACUCAGGUGGAGAUCCUGACGACGAUCACUCUGCAACACACGUUGAGGAUCAUGAGUGUGGAUGCCGUUCAGCCGACGAUCACGUUCCCGCCGAGGGUGGACGAAAAUCCCAACUUCGUGAUCAACUUCAAUCCCGCAACGCCGGCGGGUUUCGAUCCGUCGAAGAAUCCUUUCUUCAACGAUUCUUUUGUGCCUCCGGUGGAUAGGCAUCCGCCUCCGAAGCCUCCAAGGCGUCCUCCACCAUCACCACCAAACAAUCCAGAGUUUGAGGAGUUCCCUUUCUUCCAACCUGCACCAACUACCACCACAUCAACCACCACAACAACAACAACAACAACUCGUUCUCCACUUAUAGAGUCACACUUUCCAGAUUUUGGCUUCAAUUCAAUGCCGGACGUUUGUGGAAGACCUGUGGUCACCAACCAGCUGAUAGUAAACGGGGUCGACGUCCCCAGGGGUGCCUACCCAUGGCUGAGUGCCAUCUUCAGGGUCUCAUCCUCCACCCUGAGCUACAUCUGCAGCGGAACUCUAGUCUCCAAGAAACACGUCAUAACUGCUGCCCACUGCGUCUACACCGACAACCGUCCGGUGAAACCCAAAGACACCAUAGUGUUCCUGGGCAAAGACGACAUAACUAAGUUCGUGCUGCGACCGGACGAAAAGUCGGUGUACCCGGAAAGAAUCCACGUACACCCCAGCUACACCCCGUCCUCAAGCGACGCCGACAUCGCCGUCAUAGAACUGAGCGAGGAGCUGACCUACAGCCAAACCAUCUUGCCCAUUUGCCUGUGGCGGGGAUCCACCGAAUUAAGUUUGGUUGUAGGAAAUGAUGGGGUGGUUGCUGGCUGGGGUAGGACUGAAGAUGGUGACGCCAGUUCAGAGAAGCCCCGAGGAACUACCCUCCCAAUCGUGGAUCAGUUCACUUGUUUAAGAUCUGCCCACCAGUUCCAACAUAUCACCUCGAAUCGAACUUUCUGUGCAGGUUCUCGAAACGGUUCAGGUCCAUGUAAUGGUGACUCUGGCAGUGGGUUGGUGAUCAAGAGGGACGACGUGUGGUAUUUGAGAGGUAUCGUUUCCAUGUCACUCUCGGACAACAACAGCAGGACCUGCGACCUGAAGAAUUUCGUCGUCUUCACCGACGUCGCCAAAUUCUUGUCAUGGCUCAAGAAGAUUUUAGCUACGUGACAUAUUAUUUAUGUUUUUAGAUUAAUAAAUAUAUUUUUUUAUACA